UGUCGUCAAGUUGCUCGACCUCUAUCCUUUUCGCUGUAUCGUAAUUUGCUCGGCCUUACCCCCUCCUCCAGUUCUCCUUCAGCGUUCCUCUCCCUCCCCUGCCUUUUCUUCUACCUCUUGCUUAUGGACUUGGAUUGGUUGUGAUUUUCUGGGAUUUUAGCCACUGGCUAUCAUCUUUUGUUCUAAUAUGCUGACCCACUUGUACUCUUUCCUUGUUUAUUCAUACCGCCAUUGAGAUUGAUAUUCGCAAAAUCAUCUCCUGCCAAUUUAUAGCCUGCGAAUGUGACUUACUUCUCUCGAAUGGGUUAUCACAAUAUCUGACCCUGUGGGUGAAUUGUUGACAACCAUCCUUGCUUUGCGGACAAACAUCUUCCCCUGAGUCUCAAUGAAGCUUACUUGUUUGAGCAAAGGCGAGGGCUUUCACUUCCCACCAUGUCAUAUGCUGAAUUUUUGUGGCCUCAGGAUCUUAUUGGAUUGCCCACUUGACCUCUCAGCUCUCACUGUGUUCUCUCCUGUACCCGCUGGAUUUACAGCCUCACGCUGCAAAGGAAGAAGCAACUCUGGUACAAGUCUUGAUGCUAAUAGUUUAAUUUUUGCAGAACCUUGGUAUAAGUCUGUUAAGAACUUGCAUCUGUGGAACUGGUGUUCUAUUGAUUUUAUAUUGAUCUCAAGACCUAUGGGCAUCCUGGGAUUACCUUUUCUUACUCGCAUGAAAGGUUUUUCAGCUAAGAUUUAUGUAACUGAAGUAUCAGCAAGAUUCGGCCAAUUUAUGAUGGAGGAUCUUGUAUCAAUGCAUGCUGAGUUAAGGCAGUUUUAUGGACCAGAGGAAUCUAACUUCCCUUCAUGGCUGAGGCAGGAAGCACUUGAAAUGCUUCCUUCUGAGUUGAGAGAAAUAAUUUUGGGCAAAGAUGGAGAAGAGCUGGGAAGUUGGAUGCCAUUGUAUAGUGCAGCAGAUGUGAAGGAUUGCAUGCUGAAGGUUCAGACACUUAAAUAUGCUGAAGAAGCCUGCUACAAUGGCACUUUGGUUAUAAAGGCAUUGAGCUCCGGUGUAGAAUUUGGUGGUUGUAACUGGAUUUUAAGUGGUCCAAAGGGGAAUGUUGGCUAUAUUUCAUGCUCCAGCUUCAACUCCGCUCAUGCAAUGAAUUUUGAUUUCCAUAGUCUACAAGGGACUCGUAUAUUAAUUUAUUCAGAUUUCUCAUCCUUAAGAGUCACACCAAAUGUUGAGGAUGACAAUAGUUCCUCUAAACCAUCUGUUAAUGACUCAUUAUUUCUCGGUGAUGACAACAGCAGCUAUGUCGAACAAGCAGAAUGCUUCCUCAACUCUGAUGAAAAUUCAGAAGAAAAGGAAAAGCUGGUUUUCAUAUCAGCCUGUGCUAUUGAGUGUGUCAAAGAUGGUGGUUCAGUGCUGAUUCCAGUUAGUCAACUUGGAACUCUUCUGCAGCUUUUGGAGCAACUGAUAGCUUCACUAGAAUCUUCAGCAAUGGAGGUUCCAAUUUAUAUAAUUUCUUCCGUGGCAGAGGAAUUACUGGCGUUCCUUAAUAUCAUACCAGAAUGGCUUUGCAAACAACGACAAGAAAAGCUAUUUGCUGGGGAACCAUUGUUUUUACAUGCCAAUCUUAUAAAACAGAAAAGGCUUCAUGUGGUUCCAGCUAUUCAUUCACAUAAACUCCUAAUGAAUUGGCAGGAACCAUGUAUUGUAUUUGCUCCACAUUGGAGUCUUCGCCUUGGCCCUGUUGUUCAUUUGCUUCGACGUUGGCGUGGGGAUUCAAAAUCUUUACUUAUCCUUGAGGAUGUUCUGAAUCCUGAACUAGCACUUCUACCUUUUAAGCCAAUUGCAAUGAGGGUUCUUCAAUGUGCGUUUCCCUUUGGUAUAGAGUUGCCAAAAGUACAACCUUUGCUGAAGAUAUUGCAGCCAAAGAUAGUUCUGUUUCCUGAGGAUUUAAGGUCACAGAUCAGUUUUUCUAGUGCAAAUUCAUUCACAACUUCUUAUUACACUGAAGGAAAAACUCUGCGAGUACCGUGCCAAAAAGACAACGCAGAGUUAAAAAUUGCGACUGACUUGGCUUCCCAAUUCCACUGGAAGAAAUUAAAGGAGGGAGACAUCAAUAUCUCAAGAUUAAAGGGGGAGUUAUUCCUGGAAAAUGCUAAACAUCACUUGCUUCUGCAAAACGAGCAAGAAGAUUCGUCGAAACGAAGGCCUCUGCUUCAUUGGGGUUCACCCGACGUGGGAAGGCUUUUGACAGCACUAUCAAAGUUGGGCAUUAAUGCAACUCUGGAACAUGUUAAAAGUAACACUGAGUCACAGAGUACCUGUAUACUCCAUGUGCAGGACCCUCACAGAGCUUUAAUUCAGGUUGGAGCAACCAGUACUUUUAUCACUGCUGCAAAUGAGAAUGUGGCUAACUUAAUUUUUGAAGCUAUAGAUAGCAUUAUGGAUGGGAUUUGAUUUUGUGGCCUCUCUUUCUCUGAUGUUUGUACAGAAUCUUAUUUCUUGGUAACAAAGUUAAUCAUGAUUUUUGUGGUGA